UAGGACAUCUCAGCGACUGCCGCUAGUCGGCGAAGGGUUGUCAGAAAUCAUGCUGUCGAAAUGGCCUUUCCUGCAUUAGGAAUGAGUCACGCAGGGGCUGAGGGUUCUCGUAAUCCUUCUAUCUUCACAGUAAAAUAAUAAAAAAGUCGAGUCUCACCUCAUCUUCUAAUAUCUUGAAUUUAUACUAUCAGCGGCAUAUCAACAAAAUCAGCUCGAUCAGCGUGCGUUAAAGCUUUAUUUCACUUGAUACUUUUGAAAAAGCCUCAUUGAAGGACUACGAAUCAAUAUGGCGUCUACUACCCCUCAGCCAGAACCUACGCCUAUCGUAAGGACAGACAAAUGUUAUAUACGCGCAUACACACCUAGUGAUAUUCCGGCAACUGCGGAGGCAGCCAAUCACCCGGAGAUUUCGCAGUACAUGCGCAACCGUUUCCCCUCUCCCUAUACGCUUGAGAACGCUGAAUUCUGGGUUGACUUCUGUAUGAAAGCGGAACCAAUGGUUAACUUCGGCAUCUUCGCUCCAGAUGGCGCCUUCGCGGGUGGUAUUGGGCUUAUGCCCCGUGAUGAUACGGAGUAUCGCACUUGGGAGGUCGGAUAUUGGGUCGCGAAGAACUACUGGGGCAAGGGCAUUGCGACGAGCGCUCUCAAAGGGUUCUCCUCGUGGGCCUUCAAAGAAUUUCCGGAACUGCUCAGACUGGAGGCUGGCGUGUUCGGAGGGAAUGACGGGAGCAUGAAGGUUCUCGAGAGGGUUGGAUACACCAAGGAAGGUGUACGGAGGAAGGCUAUAUGUAAAAAGGGAAAGAUCAUGGAUAUGCACGUAUACGGCUUACUCAAAGAGGAAGCUGAAGGUCUGGAGUAAGCCCUCGUAAGCAGGGUUUCUCGAAGUUACAUGAUGAAUUAUACGUUGGAAUAAUUAGCUAAAUGGAGGUUGAACCUUGAAAGAGCGUAAGAAUCGAAAAUUUCACUGUGUUCUUCCGCCUCUCGAGCCCCCGUCUCCCUAUCGACCUCUCUAUUCCUCCCUACCUAGGACAGAUGGCAAUAGGCAAACCCUAUUCAA